CAGAGGUGUUUGUGUCAGCAGAGCAGCAAAGUGUAUCAGUGGGACUCCGCAUCCGCUCAAGUUGGUGGUGUUGAUGGUGUGCUGCUGAUAGACGAGGUAGUGCCCUCUGAUGGUGGACUGUAUUCCUGCAUGGCUGUCAGCAUUUCUGGAAAUGCAUCAAGAGAUGCUGCAAUACACACCCAGCCCAGUUCACCUCACUACCUGUCAGUCUCACCUGGCCCGACCUCAGUCCUCUUCUCCCUCAAAACCCCGCCCAUCAGUGGAGGAACACCAAUCACAAGUUUUGUUCUGCAGUGGAGGCAAAGUGCAGAAGAACAGUGGGAGGAGGUCACAGUACCAGUUUCAGAGCUGCUAGUUAUCUCAUCCCUCAAGCCAUACAUAUUGUACACAGUGGAUUUGGCCGCCCUUAAUGCAGUGGGACUGGGGCCAUUCUCACACACAAGCAGCAUUCACACCCAGGGAAUAAUGAAAAUAGAAGGCAACUCCUUCUCUGUCCUGCUCAAACAGAUUAAUGACAGUGAGACUCCUCUGCUGUACUUCAACGUACGAUACAGACAGGAUACACAUAAUACUUUAGCCAGUUAUCCAUGA